AUGUCGGCCGCAGGAUCAAGUAGUGAUGCCGCGGUGAAGAAGGCUUUCCCUCGGGUUGACCUCGAGGGUCACGACCUUCCUCCCUCCCCCGCCCCUUCGAGCCCCCAUGGUGGCCGUCGCUAUAACAUUGCUACGGAGCUGGUAUAUACGGAGGGAAAUGACCAGUACAAUGCUAGCAGCGUUCCCAUCUACCAGAGCGCUACAUUCAAACAGACCUCCGGUGGUGGAGGCGGCGAAUAUGAUUACACUCGCUCCGGAAACCCGACCCGGACACAUUUGGAGCGUCACCUCGCCAAGAUCAUGUCCGCCCAGCGGGCUCUCGUCGUGUCCUCUGGUAUGGCUGCAUUGGAUGUGAUUACCCGUCUGCUUCGUCCUGGCGACGAAGUUGUGACCGGUGAUGACCUCUACGGUGGCACCAACCGUCUUCUGAAGUACCUGUCCACGAACGGUGGCAUCAUCGUCCACCAUGUUGAUACUACAGUGCCGGAGAAAGUGCGCGAGGUUCUGACUUCGAAGACGGCGAUGGUUCUGCUGGAGACGCCGACCAACCCGCUCAUCAAGAUCGUGGAUAUUCCUCAGAUUGCUGCCGCCGCCCACGAAGCGAACCCUAACUGCGUCGUUUCGGUCGACAACACCAUGAUGUCGCCUCUCCUGCUGAACCCUCUCGAACUCGGUGCCGAUAUCGUGUAUGAGAGUGGUACCAAGUAUCUUUCCGGUCACCACGACCUUAUGGCGGGUGUGCUCGCCGUCAACGACCUGUCUCUCGGCGAACGCCUUUACUUCACAAUCAACGCGUCCGGCUGCGGUCUGUCGCCUUUCGACUCGUGGCUGCUGCUGCGUGGAGUGAAGACACUCAAGGUUCGGAUGGAUCAGCAGCAGAGCAACGCCCAGCGCAUUGCCGAUUUCCUGGAAACCCAUGGCUUCAAGGUGCGGUACCCUGGUCUGCGGUCGCACCCGCAGUAUGAGCUGCACCACUCGAUGGCUCGGGGAUCGGGAGCCGUGCUCUCGUUCGAGACCGGUGACGUGGGUGUCAGUGAGCGUAUUGUCGAGAGUGCCAAGCUGUGGGCCAUCAGUGUCAGCUUUGGCUGUGUCAACAGUUUGAUCAGUAUGCCAUGCCGCAUGAGCCACGCCAGUAUCGAUGAGAAGACGAGACGGGAGCGCGCCAUGCCCGAGGAUCUGAUCCGGCUGUGCGUGGGUAUUGAAGAUGCGGAUGAUCUUAUUGAUGACUUGCGACGGGCGCUGGUGCAAGCUGGUGCUGUCAAUGUCACGCUGGACGACUUCCAGGCGAACUCGUCCAACUAA